GCCUGACGGGCGGCUCCGUCUUGCCUUCCUUCUACCCCACCUCACCCACAUUGCUUAGAUUAUUGUGUUACAUGUUGCGAGUGUGUUCAUCAGAGACAGCUUCAUGUGUAAAUCGUCGUUUUCGGUUGUGUCGAGUUGUGUCGUCCGCACCGCGCGUCGAAUCGUUGUGGGUGCCGCGCGUGACAUCGUUUGUCUGUGCGGACGCCACUGCCUUGCUCAAGCCAUUGAGGCACAGGUGGCUGCAUCGUCGGCCCCCUGUGCUCUAGGGCCGGCCAUCCGUUAGUUGCCAGCAAAGGUGCGCUCGGCAGGCGCCCGUGAAGGAAUGUCCCAAUCCCUGUAUCUGUUGUAUGAGAGUGCUGCCGGCUAUGCGCUCUUCCUGAAGAAGGAGUUCGAGGAGGCUGGAACGACCGAGCAGGAGGUGCAGGAGUCCCUGCAGGACGUGAAGAAGAUCGGGAAGAUCGUGGGGCUCCACGCGUGGUCGCCCUUCAAGGAGGCCGCGGAGGCGCUCGAGCAGGUGAACGCCAUCGCGGCGGGAACGGCCACGGAGAUGCUGACGGGCUUCUUGGAGAUGAACCUCCCGAAGUCUAAGAAGAAGUACCAGCUGGGCGUUUAUGACCCCGAGCUGGCAAAGGCCCUCAGCGAUACGUUCUCGGUCACGCACGGGCAGAACGUGCGAGAGCUGCUGCGGGGGUGCCGCCAGCACUUCGGCCGCCUGGUGAAGG